CGCGGAGCGGAGCGGAGCGGGGCCGGCGCCCGCGGGAGAUGAUGGCCCCGCCGCCCGCCCCCGCCGUGUCGGGCCCGCUGGCCGUGCUGGACCCCACAGGACAGUUUGCAAAAAGGAAGAAGACUUCACUUUGGUUCACAGUCGCACUGCUGGUGGUGUCUGUUUUCAUACUGACCAUAGGUCUGGCAGCUACCACACGAACAGAAAAUGUUACUGUGGGAGGCUACUACCCCGGCAUUGUUCUUGGCUUUGGAUCUUUCCUAGGGAUUGUUGGCAUCUACCUGGUAGAAAACAGAAGACAAAUACUGGUGGCCUCCAUCGUGUUUAUCAGCUUUGGUGUGGUGGCAGCCUUCUGUUGUGCAAUAGUUGAUGGAGUGUUCGCAGCACGGCACAUAGAACCCAGACCUUUGUAUAACAAAAGAUGCCAGUUUUAUUCAAGUGGAAUAGGAUUCCUCUAUGAUGCCUACCAGACUGAGGUGACAUGUCACACCUUAAACAGCAAGUGCCAGCUGAAAAUAAAGAGUAACACAUGCUAUUGCUGUGAUCUGUACAACUGUGAGAAUUCAGACCAGUCCUCCAGCUACUAUGAAUUUCUCGGCGUGAGCAGCUGUCAGGACGUGGUUCACCUGUACAGACUAUUGUGGUCCUCCACAGUCCUCAACAUCAUUGGCUUGUUUCUGGGGAUUAUCACAGCAGCCAUUCUUGGGGCGUUUAAAGACAUGGUACCUCUGUCCCAAAUUGCUUUCAGUGCUGCACCUCCUCCUCAGAUCCUGUACAAUCCUGCCCAGCAGAUCUUGACAUAUGCUGGGUUCUGUCCUUCUGCGGCAACAAUUUCUACAUAUCCAUCCUACCCGUUGCCUCUUCAGCCUGCCAGCAAUUUUCCAGGAACAUCAUCUACUGACAUUUCUUUAUCAGAAGAAACUCAGCCUCCAUCUCAGUCCAGCUCCAGCUAUGGUCUUCCCCCGAAUGCUCCAGCCCUCUAUACACCAACUUACUGCUUGCCUGGAGAAAAGCCUCCACCAUAUGCACCGUAGAACAAAUAAUUUAUUUUAGUAGGUGGUAAGCUUUUAUUUUGUUUUUAAGAAACCUCUGGAAACUGUGUGCUCCGCUUUUACCCACAUCUCCCUGUGAGCAGGGCAGAGCCCUGGAAGUAUAAGGGCAGGCACAUCACCACUCAGUUUGCCUGCAGUCAGAUGUGCUAGAGCUUUCUGGCUACCAUAAGCAUGAGGUGUUUCCCUCUCAGUGCACUGCAGAAUAUAUUUUCUUCAAGAGGAAUAAUGAAGAAAACCCUCUGGAUACUUGUUCUGCUUUCAUAAACCAGUAUCGAGGGGUUUUAGCCUGUGUUGUCUGAGUGGGUAGCCGGGAGCUCUCCAAAUCAAUCACUUUGGGUAGUAAGAGUUUGUUUGCUUGUAGUGUUUAAUAAACUUUCUGGUGAAAGUGUUGUACCAAUAAAGUGUGGCAAUUA